CUUAGAUCUAUCAGUUUUCCUGUUGCUUUGAUCGUGUUCGGUUUUAGUAUAUUGGAGUGAUACUUAUGAGUUGGUUGAAGAUUUUUAUUUACCGGUAUAAUAAUGAUGUGGUCUCUACAUUUAACUUGCAUACUACUCUUCUUAACAGGCAUCGUCGACUCGUAUAAAAUAUUAUUAAUAAGUCCAUUACCAGGGAAAAGUCAUGUAAUACUAAGCGAUGGUAUUGCUAAAUAUUUAGCAAAUGCAGGACAUGAGGUAACAUACAUAACUGCUAUGCCUGAAAAUCUUUCAUACAAAGGAGGGAAUAUAAAGAAGAUUGAUGUGAGCAAAAAUCUAGAGAUACUCAAAGUGGCAGGCGAUUCAAUAUCAAUAAAAGCAAUUAUGGACAAGAAAGUCAACUAUCAAGACCAGAGGUUUAUGUUUAGUAUGUUCUUGGAGAACGCAAGGAUGACUUUUUCCAAUGAGGCAGUGCAAGAUCUAUUUAAGGACAAAAGCCAACAUUUCGAUGUCAUUGUCGCUGAGUGGAUGUUUACUGAAGUAUAUGCUGGAUUGGCAGCAGUUUAUGAUUGUCCGUUAAUAUGGUUUUCGACAGUAGAACCGCAUUGGAUGGUUCUUAGAUUAAUUGACGAAGGAACAAACCCAGCAUUAGCCGUUGACGUGUUAUCCAGACGUAUAUCUACUCCGUUAUCAUUUGUACAAAGGCUUGAAAGCUUGUACGAUAGAAUGUACACAUAUUACUUCUACCAUACGUUUGUUUACGACAAGGAAGAAGAGAUAUACAGUAAAUAUAUGGUUCCACACAUUAACUCUCAGAAGUAUACGCCGCUGGAUGUUCUGAGAUACAACGCAUCCUUGAUGCUGGGUAACUCUCACGUAUCACUUGGAGAAGCAUCAACCUUACCACAGAGUUAUAAACCAAUUGGAGGGUAUCACAUUGAAAAAAACGUAAAACCUUUACCAGAUAACAUUAAGAAAAUUAUGGAUGGCGCAAAAAGCGGAGUCAUAUAUUUUAGUAUGGGUUCAAACCUCAAAAGUCGAGAUUUCCCUGAAGAACUGAAGCAAAAGUUGUUGAAAUUCCUUGGAGGAUUGAAACAAACAGUUAUUUGGAAGUUUGAAGAGGACUUACCGAAUCGUCCUAGUAAUGUUCAUAUUGUAUCGUGGGCGCCCCAGCAAAGCAUUUUAGCUCAUCCAAACUGCGUUCUUUUCAUCUCACACGGAGGUCUGCUAUCAACAACAGAAGCAAUACAUUUUGGUGUACCAUUAGUUGGUAUUCCAGUAUUUGCUGAUCAAUUUAUCAAUAUUGAACGAGCUGUCAAUAAGGGUUUUGCUAAGAAAGUUCAACUUACCUAUAAUUUGGCAGAAGAUCUAAAAGAGCAAGUUGAAAAUAUUACCAACGAUCCCACAUAUACCACAAAAGUUAAGGAGUUAUCGUUCAUCUACCAUGACCGACCAGUAACUCCUGGUGCAGAGCUGGUACACUGGGUAGAACACGUGGUGAAAACACGAGGAGCUCCACAUCUACGAUCACCUGCACUGCACGUGCCUUUAUACCAGAAAUUAUACUUAGACCUGUUAGCUUUAAUUUUACUCUUAACUGUUUUAGCAGUUCUAUUGAUAAGAAAAAUGUACUCGAUAAUUUUAAGACCAACGAUUAAUAAUAAUAAGAAAUUAAAUUAAGGAUAGGAAUGUAUAUAGUAUAUCAAUCUUACUUCCGUUUUUAAUACUGAUCGUGACUAGAAGUAGAUUUUUAUCAAGCUGUAUUCCUGUAAAGAGACUUAAUAAAGGUAACUUUUGCUAGUAA